CACAGCCAUCUGACAAAGAUAUAGACAUUGCAGAGGAUUACCUGAGAAACUUCUACAAUCUGGAAGACUCAACAUACGCUGCCGUUUUUCGCCCAGAAGCAAACAAUGAUCAACUGCCCGAGAAGCUGAAAGAGAUGCAGAAGUUUUUCGGGCUUAGGGUGACUGGAAAGCUGAACAAAGAAACAGUGGCGGUGAUGAAGAAGCCCCGCUGUGGAGUUCCAGAUGUUGCUGCGUACUCCACAUUUGGAGACGAACCCAAAUGGCAGACCAACGAGCUCACCUACAGAAUCGUGAACUACACCCCUGACCUGUCAAAAGCUGAAGUGGAUGAAUCCAUGGAGAAAGCCCUGCAGGUCUGGGCCAAAGUCACUCCUCUGAAAUUCACCCGUAUCAACAGGGGCACAGCUGACAUCAUGAUCUCCUUUGGUACAAGAGAUCAUGGUGAUGGCCUGUUGUUUGAUGGACCACAAGGCACUUUGGCUCAUGCUUUUGCUCCUGGUUCUGGAAUCGGUGGAGAUGCACACUUCGAUGAUGAUGAGUCUUUCACAUUCCGCUCAUCAAGAGGUCAUGUCCUGUUCUUGGUCGCCGCCCAUGAGUUUGGUCACUCUUUGGGUCUUUCUCAUUCUAACGUUCCUGGCGCUCUGAUGUUUCCUACAUACACCUUCACUGAUCCGGAUCGUUCUCCUCUGUCCUCUGAUGACAUUGAAGGGAUUCAGUCACUCUAUGGUCCACUAAGACCAAAACCAGUAACAAAACCACAACCAGAUUGUCAAAACCUGGUCUGGGAUGCAGUGACGACAUUUAAGGGAGAAACAGUGUUCUUCAAGGACAGCUCUUUCUGGCGUAGCUCUUCAGGCAGAAGUGCAGCGCAACGCCCGAUCAAGAGUUUCUGGCCCAACGCUCCUGAUAAUAUAGAUGCCGCUUAUGAGGAUCUAGUGGAAGAUAAAGUUUUUUUUUUCAAAGGUAAACAAGUCUGGGCUUUCAAUGGCCAAAAUCUUGAGCCUGGCUAUCCUAAGCCUCUCAGCAGCUUUGGUCUGCCAGAAUCUGUGACAAAAGUUGAUGCUGCUGUCCACAACAAGAACACAGGGAAAACACUGCUCUUCUUUGACAAAUAUUACUAUCGUUUCUGGCCCAACGCUCCUGAUAAUAUAGAUGCCGCUUAUGAGGAUCUAGUGGAAGAUAAAAAAAACUCUUAUCAUGGCCAGUAUUUAUUUAUAGGUAAACAAGUCUGGGCUUUCAAUGGCCAAAAUCUUGAGCCUGGCUAUCCUAAGCCUCUCAGCAGCUUUGGUCUGCCAGAAUCUGUGACAAAAGUUGAUGCUGCUGUCCACAACAAGAACACAGGGAAAACACUGCUCUUCUUUGACAAAUAUUACUAUCGCUAUGAUGAGAGGGAGAAUCGGAUGGAUGAAGGGUAUCCCAAACGAGUGGAAAAUGUAUUUCUAGGGUUGACUGGACAGGUUACAGCAGCCCACAUGUCCAACAAUAACAUUUAUCUCUUCAGUGGGAGAAAUUUGUUUGAGUUCAGCUCCAGCGACAGAAAGCUCCUUCGUUUGCUGAAGAGCAAUUACUUCCAGCCCUGUUAGUCAGCUUCCCUGAAACCUGGAUGGAGAUGCAGCUUAAUGGGAUGUUUCAAAACUACAGCGCUUACUUUAA